GGACCCCGUGACAAGGACCAUCCUGUUGGGUCCAUCCAUAGGAAGGAGCUUCCUGGCUUGGAACCCACCGGGAAGAGAGAAAGGGGACUUCGGACAUCAAGCAGAGAGGCAGGAUUGGACCCGGGGUAACUGCAGGCAGCGAUGGCUGAGUGCACGGAGCUGGAAUGGGCCGUCCAAGUGCUGGUGAACAACUUUGACAAGUACUCGAGCCGCCGCUGCUGCUGCAAGAAGCCGCGGCGCAUCAGCAAGAAGGACUUCCGCAAGAUGCUGAGCUGCGAGCUCAACCACAUGCUCACGGACACCGGGAACCGCCGGGCGGCCGACAAGCUCAUCUGUGACCUGGAUGAGAACAAGGAUGGGCGCAUCAGCUUCGAGGAGUACUGGACCUUGAUAGGCGGCAUCGCCAGCCCCAUCGCCCAGAUCAUCCGCCAGCAGGAGCAGAACGUCAAGCACACCAAGUAGUGGCUCCAUCCGAGCCCCCUGGGAUCACCUCCUGCUCCUCCACAGCUUCCUGCUUCUCCCCAAUCCCAUUGCCAAGCCCUGCCCCGAGCCCCAGCUUGCCCCGGCGCACCCUGGUCUCCCAGAGCCAUGCCAGGGUGUGAUCGGGGUGGGAAGACCCUAUGGGUGGGAGUUGGGGGGUGCGAGGCCAUUACAGCCUUGGGGGGGCUCCUCCUUGCCCUGCGCCAUGCUAUCCCUGCCUUCAUCCUCACCUGCAAGCCCUUGCUGGGCAAGAAGCAAUGGGAUGGGCUUCUCCUCAUCCAGGACAUGAGUUCUGUCUGUUCUCAGCCCUCUGGGGCAGAAACCCCAUCACGACCGGGACCUCAUUCAAAGUGAUGGGGUCUUCUAUGGGAUAAAGGGUGGCUUUCCCCUUGCCCAAGCUGGUGAAGGCUCUGCCCUGCUGGUGCUCUGGUCCUUCAGGCUCGGGGAGCGGCGCGGUCCCAUCCGGGCAGCACCACCCGGGGUUAUUUAUUGCAGCAAUAAAGAAUGGAGGAGCAGCGGG